AUGGCUGAUCAAGAUAAAAAUCCACGAAUUUGGACCAUCGAAGAAGGUCAAGCAUACUUUGACGACUUGAUAAGACUUCUUCGUAAUCCAAAUGUAAGUGUUGACGAAACGGCUGAUACUGGGCACAUCAACGCAACUGCGAAUCAUUUUCCUUUCCAAUUCCAGAAGGGAGCACCUGUCACAAAAGCCAAGGCUUGUUGUAACAAUCUCGUCAAACAGGAGCAGCCGGGUAGCUUGUUCAUUUACGAUAAUUCUCUCUGUCUACAAGCUCCCAGAGAGUCGCAGAACUCUGAUGACACCCAUCGCAUCUGGACCUUGUGCAAUGGCCUCAGAGUGACUUCAUUGUCAGUGGCCUGCAGCACUCUGGUACAGGAGUUGCGACGCGGUCAAGGCAUACAAUAUCACGAGUAUCGGAAUAUCAUCAGUCUUGUCUUCUAUUGCGGUCGGGAACCACAUCAACGCGGCGUCAGUACAGGACUGCUCAUGAUACGCUCUCUCUUGGCCCAGAUCUUUGAAUACAUCCGCGUCUUUAUAAUCGAAUACAAAGAUGUCAUAUCGGGCGGACACGAAUUCCGCGAGGAAGUUGAGACAGAUGAUCUCGGUCAACUAUGUGGAAUGCUCGACAUAGUGAUCCGGACGCUCCCUCCAGUGAAGGAUCAUGAGCAGCCAGAGCGAAGGAUUGUCUGUUUCAUUGAUGGUGUGGGUUCUCGCAGUGAUGUAGAGGAUUCUUCCGGAGUGGCCAAGGUCAUACAGACCUUGCUGAAGAUGGUCCGUCUAAGUCACACUGGCAAUGACUACGUACCGACAUUCCAACUGAUCUGUACGAGUCCUCGUCUAGGCGACUGGGAUGAUGCACUCUUCCCAAAUGGAGACACUUGCCAAAUUAUUGAUUUAGCACUACCACUGCUGGCAUCUGCACCCUCGACCUGA